CGAAUCUAUACUCGGAAUUACACACCGUCACAAUGGCCACCUCUAAAGAAUGGCAGAAGAUGCUCAAUGGCGAGCUAUACUGGGCCUGGGACGAGGAUCUACAGGCCAACCGCGAGCGAUGCAAAUUAGCAUGUCAACGAUUCAACGAAGCUGGACAAGUAUCUAGACGGCGCAGGGUGGAAUUAUGGAGAGAUAUAAUUGGAGAUACCCGUUCUCUCCCACCACCUCUGGCGGAUGCCAAAGAAGACGAAGACCAAUUCAAAGACACAGACCCCGUGGUCGAUCCCCCCAUCUCCGUCGACCACGGUCUCAAUUUCAAAGUUGGAAAGGGGACAUUCCUCAACUUCAACCUGAUCGUCCUGGAUACCUGUCUUGUGACAAUCGGGGAACGCGUGCUCUUCGGCCCGAAUGUAAGUAUCUAUGGUGCCACGCAUCCGAUAGAUCCUGCUGUGCGACGCGGACUCGAGGGCCCGGAGGCGGGUAAGGAGGUGCAUAUUGAGGAUGAUGUUUGGAUUGGCGGCAGUGUGAUUAUUUUGGGGGGUGUUAGAAUCGGACGGGGGAGUACCGUUGGUGCUGGGAGUGUUGUUACCAGGGAUGUGCCAGCUUUUCACUUCGCUGCUGGGAAUCCGGCAAGGGUGAUCAAGAAAAUUGAGACGAGUAUGGAUCCGGAGCAACAGUCGAACCAAUGAUUGGAAAGAGGGGAUUCUAAGCAGGAAAUGGGUUUAUGACUUACAUCAUAUACAUCGAGUAGAACUAUGGGUAUUGCGAUACAGAUAGAAACAUUGUUUGCAAUGUACUGGCGUGUUUCUCGGCUACCAUUAUGACCAAGGGAAUGCCA